AUGUUUAGGCAGGUCAAGAAACGUGUCUCUUCAAGAAGGAAUUUCGACGAUUCGCCCAAUGGUAUGAUAUUAGGAGGACAGGGUGCAGAAGAAGAGCAGAAGUUAUACAGCAGCUUAUAUGAAACCAAAUUGUCAUUCUACGAAUUCCCACCGCAAGGUGAAAUCACGCUAGAUCAAUUCGAAACAUGGGCCAUUGACCGUCUCAAAGUUCUUUUGGAGAUCGAGUCCUGCAUACAGCGUAGCAAAACUGGUAAAGAGACGGAACUGAUCAUAAAGCCACUUUUCCAAAAGCUGCUGCCAUUCAACACCGACAACCUUGAGGACAGGAAAAAAGAUUACUACUCGCAUUUCAUCCUGAGACUAUGUUUUUGCAGGACCAAGGAGUUGAGGGAAAAGUUUGUAAGGGUCGAAACGGCGCUCUUCAAAAUACGUUUUAACAUGAUGACCUCUCAUGAGCAGUUGCGGUUUGUGGAACAUUUGAAGCUGCCGGAUAUGCAGUUUAUCACCGAGGAAGAAAAACAGGAGCUAGCUACUCAACUAUACCAGACGAUGUCACCAGUUCUACAGUUUCAGCUGAAUUUGACAGAUGAAAACCAAAGGAGACAGUACUUCAAACAGGAGCGAUUCAUCAAGCUCCCUUUUGAGUCCGUAAUGGAACUAGUAGGAAGUAGACAGGUUUUCGUGAAAAGAGGGUUUGCGUAUCUGCCUCAGGUGCAGCAGAUAAACCACAUUGCCAACGAAUUCGCCACUCGAUUAGAAGCGGAUCUUUUAGCAACUUUCCAGAACUUACCGAAGCUCAAUGAAGACGACAGACUCCUACCAGUUUUACAUCAUUUGUCUUCAGGCUACACGGUUGCGGAUUUUCAACACCAGGAGCAAUUCGGACAGUCCUCGCAGGGCGAAGUGACCGCUGCUUCUGUUCACACUCACGAGGUGAAAGACAAUUUCCCGCUUUGCGCCGAAAACCUCAUGGAAGCGUUAGAGAAAAACCACCAUUUGCGGUACCAGGGCCGUCAGCAACUGUCGUUUUUUUUGAAAGGCAUCGGCAUGGGCGUCGACGAGGCUCUGAAGUUUUGGUCGGAUGCGUUUACGCGUGGCGGGUACAUUACUAUUGACAAAUUUAACAAAGAGUACAGGUAUAAUUUCAGGCACAACUACGGUCUAGAAGGGAAUCGGAUCAACUACAAGCCUUGGGAUUGCCGGACGAUUUUGUCGAAACCCCGUCCUUCGCGCGGCGAACAUCACGGUUGCCCCUACAGGGAUUGGAACGUUGAAAGACUGACGGCAAAACUGUCGCAAGCCAUGAACCUCACGCCGGCACAAGUAACGAGCGUUUUGGACAGUGUUCGCAGAACGGAAUACACGGUAGCGUGCACAAAAGUGUUCGAGAUGACGCACGGCGGUCAAGUCGGGGUCGAAAUCAACGACCAGACGCACAUCGCGCAUCCUAAUCUGUACUACGAACGGUCGAAACAAUUGCAGAAGGGCGUGCACUAG